UUUUUCAUUAACAAUUAUUUACAAUAUCGUAAUUUUAAUUAAAUAGUCUAUUACAUUUAAAUUAGAAGUAUUUUUUAGUUUACCAACAAUGUUGUAAUUUCAGUGUAUCGUUGUUUAUAUUUUGGACGAUAACAGCUUUAAAAGUUAGCUUUCAAAUCUAUAGUACAUUCAGAAUAAUUAUUUUUUGUUUAACAUCAAUAGAAAAUGGUAUUCGUUUUUGUGGAACAUUAUACUACAUGUAAUAUCAUUGACAUUCUAUAACAAUUUUGUGAUUCUAUAUUAUAUUCAACAUUGCUUUACAAUGGACGUUUUUAAUGGUAAACGAAAUACUCCAAAACUAAAAGACUCCAUGGGCAGAAAGCAGAAACAAGAUUCAGAAGAAGAAUCUGACUGCCCCGAUCUUGAAUAUAACUAUGGAGAUACAGAUACUCACCUCUGUGAAAUGGCAGAAUUGUAUAGUUACUCGGAAUUAGAAGAUUACCAGAUCAAUAUUCAGGAAUUUGAAGGAAUAAUGAAGGCAUUGGACUUUAAACCAUCAUGGCAUAGUUUAAGUGUAGAAAAUAAAAAUAUGGUUGUAUCUAGACUACUUGAUUCAUUAGAAGUAUCUGACAAAACAAAGCGGAUGAGUGCAGCCAGAUGUGUAUUAUACUUGUUGCAAGGAUGUUGGGCAGAAUGUCAAUCAGAUAAAGAUCAACAGUCAAAUGCCAAAGAAAAUGUACUAUUUUUAUAUAAAUUUGGUGUUUUUAAUAUAUUUGUAAAUCUGCUGAAUAUGGAAAUAGAGUCAGUACAAUUUCAUCGGAAAACUCAAAUUAACUGUACAGAUUCUACAAAUUUAAGAAUCAUUUUAAAUGUAUUGUACACUUUUGUUGAAGUACUCAGAGUGUCAGAAUUUGAAACAGAUGUCGAAUUUAAAGAAUUUAGAGAAAAUCUAUUAUUAGAUAUAGGUUUACCUUAUACAGAAGAUCAUAUAAUAGUAAAACUAUUAGGCAUGAUAACUAAAUUUUGCAGUGGACUGGCAUCAUAUUAUCCAAUGAAAAAAGUUCUGUUGUUAUUGUGGAAGUUGAUUUUAGUUCUACUAGGUGGAAUGGACACAUUGGCCAACUUAAAAAAUGAAUACCGUAAAAAUGUAGAAUUACCAGAACUCCAAGAAGAUCCAAUUGAAAUAAUUAAAUCAAUGCGGUCGUCUUCACCACCACCAAGUUCCACAGAUAUGAUGAAUGCACAAAAACGUGGCACUCGCCAAAAGAGAAUGGCGUAUAAUUUAAAUGCAUUAUCAUACAAAUUAACUGAUGAUUCUACUUCUCUUAGUAUUUGCGAAGAGGGCCUGAUAAAACAGAGUUCAUUAGAUGAAUCUCUUGUAGUCAUGGAUUUAUCCUAUCAAAAUGAUGAAGAUUUACAAGAUUAUGAAGAUCAACAACUAGGAAUGGACGAUAUUUCUAGUAUGAAAAAUAUUCAAGAAAUAAAUGAUUAUAGACCACAAACACCACCUACGCCACUGAUUAUAAAAGGCCUGCCAUGGGUACCUAAAGUUCGUCAUAAAGACUUGCAAUUUUUUUUGGAUCAAACUAGAAUUAAAUUUCUUGGUUUUAAAUUGGACAAUGAUAUUGAGACAUUAAUUGGCUUACCUGAUCCAAUACACGAAAGUGUAGCUAUUCUCAAACAAUAUAUGUAUACUUCAUUAGCUGAUUAUCAAAUAAAAAAAGAAGAAACAAUACAAAGAAAUCCGUUAAUUAUGGGCAAUGAUGAUGUUGAGCAAACACCUGCAGAAGUUUUAUAUCAGGCAAUGUUGCCAAAUUUACCUCAGCAUAUGAUAGCAUUAUUAAAAAUAUUAUUGGCUGCAUCACCUACUUCAAAAGCUAAAAGUGAUUCAAUAAAUAUAAUUGCUGAUAUAUUACCAGUUGAUGUGCCAAUGUCAUUUUCUGAGUCUGUUAAGCUGGAAACUGAUAUCAAUAGACAAAAAGAAAUUGUAGUAAAAGCUAUAAGUGGUAUAUUGCUUUUACUACUGAAACAUUUUAAAGCAAAUCAUAUUUAUCAAUUUGAGUUUAUCUCUCAACAUCUAGUAUUUGCAAAUUGCAUACCUCUCGUAAUCAAAUUCUUGAAUCAAAAUCUCGUAUCUUAUGUAUCGUCUAAAAACACGAUUCCAAUACUAGAUUUUCCAACAUGUGUUAUUGGUGAUGGACCUGACCUUUCAUUAGAUAACAUUGAAAUAGGAGAAUUUCCAUUAUGUUCAUGGAGAAAUGUUUAUUCUUGUAUCAAUUUAUUAAGAGUCUUAAAUAAAAUAACAAAAUGGAAACAUUCAAGAAUCAUGAUGUUGGUUAUAUUUAAAUCUGCACCAAUAUUGAAAAAAUCAUUAAAAGUAAGACAUGCUAUGAUGCAGCUUUACAUUUUAAAACUGUUGAAAAUGCAAGCAAAAUACCUUGGCCGGGCAUGGCGAAAAUCUAAUAUGAAAACUAUGAGUACAAUAUAUCAAAAAGUUCGACACAGAUUAAAUGAUGAUUGGGCAUAUGGAAAUGAUCUUGAAGCACGCCCAACUGAUUUUCAAAUUGAAGAGCGGUUUUUGAGAUCGGCUGUUGAUAAAUUCCAUGCACGACGAUACUCUCCACAAUAUGAUGACGAACUUACACCCAGUGAUUUUUCAAUCAAUACUGCUUUGGGAAAACCUAUUAAGUUAUCGGGUGAAUUUAAACAGCAUUACCAAAUUUGGUUGGAUCAAGAAGUGUUUCAGAAUAACAUUGAUUGGAAUACAUUACUCACUGACUUAGAAAUUUAAAUUAGAAAAAGUAUAAUAGUUAGGUGUAAUACUUUUAUAUUUUUUAAAAUGCAUAAUAAAAUAAUUAAAAUUAUAAUAUCCAAAAUAAUCAUAGUAUUUUUGUUUUCACAAAAUAUAUACAUUGAUAGUUAUUAAUUUUUGAUACAUACUCUUAUUUAUUUAUUUAUAAUAUACAUUGAUAUGCAUAUUAUGGAAAAAAUGUUAACUUAUUAUUCAUAUAUUAAAAUAUUAUGAACAUUAUUGGAUAUUAUGUAAAUUACUUAAAUGUCUCAUUUAUUUAAUCAAGCAACUAUUUUAUUAAAAACAAAUGUACUUAAUAGAAAAACUCUAGAAAUGUAAAAACAAUAUAUGUUUGAUUAAGCAAAAAACUUUACUUUAUUUGAAUCUAAAUCCAAACACAAUAUUUUAGGUAUUUUAAUUAUAUUUAUUACACAAAAUGUUUUAAAUAAAACAUUAUCAUGAUUUAUUUAAGUAUGCAUUUCUAAAACUAAUGAUUCUUUUAAAAUUUAACAAUAAUAGAAUUAAAAAUAAAUUUUAAUUUACUUGUGGUUAAUUUUUAUUUCAUUGAAAAUUUAAACGGUGCACCAUAACUCAUAUAACUACAAAACUCAAUUACUUGGAAGGUCCCAUAAUUCAAAUUUUUCAGUAAACAAUUUUGUUAAUUGUGUAAUUAAUGAUACUUUAAAUUAUAAAUAUCCAAACAUGACUGUUGGCAUUUUCAAAUUUUUUGUUUUUAUCAUAAUUUACAAUUAGAACCAAACUUUAUUUAGUAAUCUGACCAAAAUAUUAAUUUCUUCUCGUAUGAAAAAAACCUCUUUAUUGUAAUAUGUAGCUUUAAAAUAUCUAAAUUAACUCAAGAAUUUGUAUGUCCUUCCAACUUUUAAUAGUUAUUAAGAUAUUAUUGAGAUCUAUUAAUUUAAAUAAACAAUAGUAUGAGAACCAUAUUUGUAUUCUAUAGUCUUCUUAAUUGUAUAAUUAUAAAUUUAUUUAUUCACUGAUUGAGUUGUAUGAUUGUCAAUAUUUUUAUAAUUUUUAAUAUUAACUCAUUUAUUUGAUAAAUGACUGAAUAUAUUCAAAAAUAAAUAGUUAAUUACUGAAUAAACCUACUUGUAACAUGUAUUUACUACACAUACCCAUUUUAAAAUUAAUUAUGAUUGCAUUGAAUAAUUUAUGUACAAACUUCUAUGGCUAUGAUAAGUAUGUGUUUAUUUUAUUGAUUAAUUUUAAUGGCCUUAUAUUAUUAAAAUUAUUAAUUAUAAAAUUAUAACUAAAAUACUAAUUUAUUUUAUAAAGAGUAGAUACUAUACAACAUAUUUAUUGUAUAUUCAAUAUUUAUUCAUACAAAUAGUCAUAGUUAAUAAUUGAUAAAUUUAAUAUUAAAUUAGAUUAAACAUUUUA